UGGGGGCGGGCUCUGGGCGGCGGAACAAUGCUGAGCGGCACCGGCUCCAGCGGCCUGUAUAAAGCCCCUCUUUCCAAGAGUCUUAUGGUGGUGCUCAGUAUUUUGGCCUUCAUUUUAGCUGUGCCAUUUCAGCAAUAUCAAAAUUAUUUCUUGUAUGACCUAAAAGCAAUUAAAGAAGAAUCCAGAAUAUGGAGAUUGAUUGCUGCUCGGAUCGUUUACCUCGACCUCAAGGACGUAUUCUGUAGUUGCCUUCUUAUCUACAAUUUUAGAAUUUUUGAAAGAAGAUAUGGUAGCCGGAAAUAUGCGUCCUUCCUUCUGGGUUCCUGGGUGCUGUCUGCAUUUACGGACUUGCUGCUAGUGGAAGCCCUGCAAUAUACACUUGACAUGUCUGUGAUCAUCUUGCCGUCUGGUUUCCUAGGUCCUGUUUUUGGAUUGUUUGUGCCUUUCUACUACUCCAUUCCAAGUAUUCAAGUGACUCAAAUCCUGGGCAGAUUUUCCAUAACAAACAAAACCCUUGUCUAUAUUGUGGGUCUGCAGCUUUUGACAUCAAGUACCAAUAUAUGGAUCUUGGCGUUCAGCGGAUUGCUCUCCGGGAUUAUGUACCAUUGUAACGUGUUGAAGGUGCAGCAGUUGUUUUGCGUGCCCGAGUGCAUGGCCAGAUGUGCCUCGUUUACCCUUGAACCUCUCUUAUUGUCUGCUAAUCCCACCCAAGAGACCCCCAUUGGGAUGGGUGCAACGCUGGAGAUUCAAAGGCAACAGAGGACCGAACUCCUCGACCAGCAAAUGAUGCUGGCUCAGCUGAAUCAGAACAACAGGAGGCAUCGAGGGCAGGGUGGUUUGAUUAACUGGGAGAGGUUCUUUCCUCCACUACGCCGCAGAUUGAAUACCAACAACCAGCAACAAGAUAGUGGACUGAACAGCCCUUCAAUGAGUGCAGCAGUUUCUGAAGAACAGGUGGCAAGACUGAUGGAGAUGGGGUUUUCUCGUGUAGAUGUCUUGCAAGCACUGAGAGCUUCAAACAAUGAUCUUAAUAUGGCCACCAGUUUCCUGCUCCAGCACUGACAACGAAUGGCUGAGUUGAAGGACUGUGUAUCUGACUUCAAUGCUCAAUAUAUACACGUUGACUGGUACUUACUGUGCAGCAUAACAAUCAGAGUUAUUUUUGGCCAGAAAAAGGGUUACCCGAUUUAAAAUUUGUAAGAGUUGAUUAUGUUGUGGCAUCAAGUGCAUAUUUACUGUAUGAAUCACUAAAAGAUAUAUGCCAAAGGGAGUGUCAUAAUGUCAAUAUUAAGGUAUACAAGUUUUCAAAGGUGCAACAUAAUUGAUUUUAAUGGCACAUUGGUAUCUGAUGUCUCAAAUUGAAUGCAAGUUGGCCAAUAAAGUUGUUACCUUGAUACA